AUGGGAGAACUCAGAAAUUGGGCGUUUUGGCGGGCUGUUCUAGCAGAGUUGAUCGGUAUGAUCCUCUUCAUAUUCAUCGGUAUAUCUUCUGCUAUCGGGAAUAAAAACAACUCCAUGCCUGACCAGGAGGUUAAAGUAGCGUUAGCCUUUGGUCUGGCCAUCGCCACGCUGGCCCAGAGUUUGGGCCACAUCAGUGGAGCCCACCUGAACCCAGCCAUCACCCUAGGUCUGCUGGUCAGCUGCCAGAUCAGUGUGUUCAAGGCAGUGUUCUACAUCCUGGCUCAGAUGCUGGGAGCUGUAGUAGCUAGUGCCAUAGUGUAUGGAGUCAAGCCGACAAACAUUGAUGCACUGGGGGUUAAUCACCUGAAUACAAUAAGUGUAGGACAAGGGUUUGUCAUCGAGUUCCUGACCACCUUCCAGCUGGUCCUAUGUGUCAUAGCAGUGACUGAUAAAAGGCGUGGGGAUGUCACCGGUUCUGCCCCUCUAGCCAUCGGGCUCUCUGUGGGUCUGGGACAUCUUGCAGCAAUCAGUUUCACUGGAUGUGGCAUUAAUCCUGCUCGCUCAUUUGGGCCAGCUGUAAUCUACAAACAAUUUGGUGACCAUUGGGUGUACUGGCUGGGGCCGAUGUGUGGAGGUGUAGCAGCAGCCCUUAUCUAUGACUUCCUCCUGUAUCCUAGAAGUGAUGACUUCAGUAAGCGGUGGAAUGUUCUAGUCAGUGGGCCAGAGAAGGAGAAUGAUGCCCCAGAGGAGGGCAGCAGUAGUCCUGGAACCAGUCAGUGGCCCAGAAAUGACAAGUUCACUAACAAUUAGCCUACCAAAUGUUGGAAAUUCUAAGCAGAAAAAUAUCUAAAUUGUGCUUAAAAACCUUGUUUCUGCAGUCUCUGC